GGUCGUGGGAGUAGUGUUAAACAAGCUUCCGCAUAAAUGGAUCUUAAGCAGAUUGGAAAUAAUUCUACAGGUCUCUUUGAUGCAUCUCAAUAUGCCUUUUUUGGGAACGAUGUUGUUGAGGAGGUCGAGCUUGGUGGAUUGGAAGAUGAAGAAGAAGAAGAAUUACCUGUCGCUGGAAUAGAAGAAGACUUUGCCUUUCAUAAGGACGAGGUUCAUGUUUCUAGAACUCUGUCCGACGCUGAUGAUCUUGCUAGUACAUUUUCAAAGUUGAAUAGGGACUCUGAAGGAUAUAGGAGCACGGUUCCCAUAGCUGGUAAUAAUGGAUCAAGACAGUAUUAUGUUGGUGAUAGGUGGAACCAUGGAGAGGAGUUGCCAAAUUGGUAUGGCCAGCAGAAACUAGACUCUGAGGCGAUCCAAGAUGACAAAAGGAGGCCGUCACAGCCUUUUCCUACUCCGAAUCUUGUUGAGCAAAGAAACCUGCACAGAGCAACAUCAUAUCCUGAACUACAGCAUCAACAGCGCCCAUACCAGCAUCAGCAACAAUUUUCCAGUGAACCGGUUCUUGUGCCAGAUCAGCAUUUAGGACAACAAAAUACACAAUUUCAUUCUGAUGGGUCUCAUAUCGGAUCGCCAAAUCUCUCUCCAUUUCCAAGUUCUCAUCCUCAGUUGGUUGGCAUGCAUCAUGGGUCACCGCAAAUCACUGGAAACUUGCCACAGUUUCGACCUUCUCUUCCUGUGAACAAUCGCCCCCCAGCUCAAUGGAUGAAUGGCCCAAAUAUGUUUCCUGGGGAUAGUUCUGGGAUCAUGAACAACAUGUUACCACAACAGCAGUUACCUCAUAAAAACGGUUUGAUGCCUCAACAGCAGCGGAUGCCUCAGAUGCUGGUUCCUCAGAAUAGGUUAGUACAUCCGAUGCAGCCCCACGGGCAUUUGUCAGGAAUGCAGUCUAAACUAUUUAAUUCCAACCUUUCUCGGUCAGCGUCCUCGGACAGUUAUGAUGCAAUGCUUGGGUUUGGUGAUCUGAGGGAAGCAAGACCAGGAUCGGGUCAGGGGAACAGACAGAACAUGCGCUUUCUUCAACAGGGUUUUGAUGAUGGACUUCAGAGGAGAAAUAAUGCAUGGCCUCCUUUCCGGUCGAAAUAUAUGACAGCUGUUGAAAUAGAGAACAUCCUAAGAAUGCAACUUGUGGCUACCCAUAGCAAUGAUCCUUAUGUAGAUGAUUAUUACCACCAGGCACGUCUUGCUAAGAAAUCUGCCGGUGCAAAAUUGAAGCAUCAUUUCUGUCCAAAUCAUUUGAGAGACCUUCCAUCUCGUGCCCGUACGAACAACGAGCCCCACGCAUUUCUUCAGGUUGAUGCUCUUGGUAGAGUUCCUUUCUCUUCGAUCCGCAGGCCUCGGCCUCUGCUUGAAAUGGAUCCUCCAAAUUCAACAAAAUCUGGUAAUCUAGAGCAAAAAGAUACAGACAAGCCCCUUGAACAAGAGCCAAUGCUUGCAGCUAGGGUGAUUAUUGAGGAAGGUCUCUACCUCUUCCUUGAGGUAGAUGAUAUUGACCGGUUCUUAGAGUUCAAUCAACUCCAAGAUGGUGGAAACCAGUUGAGGCAAAAGCGGCAAGCUCUGUUGGAUGGGCUUGCAGUGUCACUGCAGCUUGUUGACCCACUUGGUAAGAACGGGCAAAACAGUGGGCUUGCAUUUCAGGAUCUUGUCUUUCUAAGAAUUACCUCCCUUCGAAAGGGCCGGAAGCUACUUACAAGGUACCUCCAGCUUCUUUUCCCUGGCAGCGAUCCAAUGCGAAUUGUUUGCAUGGCUAUUUUUAGACACUUAAGGUCUUUGUUUGGAGUGCGAUCAUCAGAUACUGAAACCACAAAAACCACAAUCAAACUUGCAAAAGUUGUCGCUUUAUGCAUUCAGACCAUGGAUCUUGGACCCGUAAGCCUGUGUGUAGCAGCAGUUUCUUGUUCUUCUGAGCAACCACCGCUUCGUCCUUUGGGUAGUCCUGUCGGAGACGAAGCUACCAUUAUACUCAAAUCUGCACUCGAUAGAGCUACCGAGCUUCUCCGUGCUAAUAAUUACAACAACGCAGGCAUGAAUUUGUGGCGUGCUUCCUUUGAUGAGUUCUUCAACUUAAUGAUGAAACACUGCAUAAGCAAGUACGACAGUAUAAUGCAGAACCUGAAUUCGCAAUUGCCACCACACUUUGCCACAGAGAUGUCUGAAGCUGCUGCACAAGCCAUUGUCAGGGAAAUGCCUAUCGAGCUUCUACGAGCUAGUUUCCCGCACAUUAGCGAUGAGCAAAAGAGAAUACUUGUGGAAUUCUUGAAGCUUGGUAGCCAGAAAACCGAAUCAGUCAUAGCUUGAUGAUAUUCGAUAAAAACUUAAGUCCCAC